UUAUUUCAAAAUUCUCAUGUUUCUUCGUGAACGUUCAAGCUGCGUAUCAAACACUUGUGUGGUUUGUGACUUUGCCGUAUCCGAUGCCGAGAGGUGGAUGACAAUUGCUGUUGCCGUUCCAUACGGGUGCUGUGUAGAGUCUCAGGUCUUCCUUGACGCGCUAUGGUUUGGUGAAAAUUAUGUCGAAUACCAAACGAAUCGUAUACGUGGGUGGUUUGGCAGAGGAGGUAGAUGAAAAGCUGCUACAUGCUGCCUUCAUUCCGUUCGGCGAAGUCGUGGAUAUCAACAUCCCGCUAGACUAUGAAACAGAAAAACACAGGGGAUUUGCGUUCAUUGAGUAUGAGCUGCCAGAGGAUGCUGCGGCUGCAAUCGACAACAUGAACAAUGCUGAGAUCCAUGGCCGUACAAUACGAUGUAACCUAGCCAAGCCAAUGAAGGCCACUGAGAGGUCCAUGAAGGCUGUGUGGUCUGAGGAAGGUUGGCUAAAGCAGCAUGCGGGUGGUGGCACUGGUGAAGAGGUUCUCUCCGCUCCAAGCAAUGUGGACGAGUCAUCCACCGCAACUGAGGAGGAAGGCGCCAAAUCCAAGCCAAAGGGCAACUCAUCGGUGUUCUUUGACAUCACCAUCGGUGGUAAACCAGCUGGUCGUAUCACCAUUUUGCUACGGCAUGACGUUGUCCCCAUGACAGCAGAGAAUUUCCGAGUGCUGUGCACUGGGGACAAAGGGUUCGGCUACAAGGGCUGUACUUUCCAUCGCGUUAUCCCACAAUUUAUGUGUCAAGGUGGCGACUUCACGAAUCACGAUGGGACCGGUGGAAAAUCUAUCUACGGUGGCAAGUUUGAGGACGAGAACUUCAUUCUGAAGCACACCGAGCCAGGUACUCUAUCUAUGGCAAACUCGGGUCCCAACUCCAACGGCUCUCAGUUUUUCAUUUGUACGGAAAAGACUGAUUGGUUGGAUGGAAAACACGUUGUGUUUGGCAAGGUAACAAACGGGUUAGACGUUGUCAGGAAAAUGGAGGCGGUUGGCUCACGAGCUGGUCAUCCAUCAAAGAAAGUCGUCAUUAACUCGUGUGGACAGCUAUAGCCGUCCGCCGUCGCUUGAGAAGUUUGCCAUGUCUUGGUUGGUGGAACAAGUCUGUAUCAUAGAAGUUCUGUACAUAGUGUAUUUGUAUAGUAUCAUUGGCGUUGUAUGUUAGUCUGUCAUCGCUACAUUUCCAUGAAACAGCAAAAUCAAUUUCAUGUAAACACACACGUGCAUGCUCAUCAUUUUGGCAGUCGUGCUGGAUUCUUCUGCUGGUUCCACUGCCUGAAGACCCUGCUGCUCCGAAUGCAGCUAGUCAAUUUGGUCUCAUCAUCCUUGAAAGGAGUUGUGGAUCAAGUUUUAGCAGCAUGCGCUGGCUGCCCUGACCAUGCUCAAGGGAGGAGUGCUCAUUCUCCUUCCUCUCUCUCGCGCUCCCUUCUUCAAUUGAGCCUUCAUUGUUUCAUAUAAAUAUCCUUUGGACUGAGAUUUUGUGUUAUGGCUCUGAGAGUCCGCACACAUA